AUGGCAUCGGUUGGCAGUGCUGCCCACUUCCAGAGAGCCAGCCUGUUGUGGAUGGCGGUCAUCACCCUGUCUAUGGGCUUCUUCGCAUGGACGGUGUUCUGGCCUACGAAGGUUCCAUAUGAGCAGCUUGGACCUCUUGGAUCAUUCGUUCAGUUCAGUAUCUGGUGAAGAAUCACUAUAGCACCUUGUUCAACGGGUUCUGGGUGGCGUGGUUGAUACAUGUUGCUGAAGCUGCUUAUAGUUUACGACUCUGCAGUGCGAAAGGAAUCACGGACUCUGGAGCCAGAAGACAGUGGGUCCUCCAGACCUUCCUUUUCGGAAUAGCUUCUCUCUCUCUGCUUAUUGCGUACAAGCCGGCGAAGAAGCGACGAUAG